CACCUUUUUUUACAACCCUGCUGCGCCUUACCGGGCCAUGAUGGUAGGUGCAAGGCACCUUUUCCUGGUCGUUACCCUGCGCCAUCAGGUACUCUGUCUGCAUUUCGCUCUAAUGCACAAGAUGCAGCCUUAGUCAUUAGUCUCACUCAGAUGACAUCCACUGUCCACUGUCAAGGUCCACUGCUGCCUUAGACCUGGGACGCUUCUUUGCGAACUGUUUACUGUGUGACGGCUGCCAGGCUGCCGGGACCUAUAAGGCCGUGAUGCCUUCGCUCCUUCCCAUCUCUCUGUCCCUUAUCUGCUUCCGUAUAAGUCAUCACGAUCACACUCACUUGAGUUUCCUUUCCUAUUUCUUUCCUGCCUCAUAUCCCCUUGCUUUUUUGCAUACCAGACUUGGCAACUUUCAGUCUCACUGGUCGUCCCUCAUCUCGAUACCCUAUCAAAAACCACAGCUACACACAUACACACACGCGCGCGCACACACUCCCCUGAAGAAGAUAAAGUCCAUCCGGUCUCCCCUCGCACACUAUACCGAAAAGCUGUUCAACCAUCACUCAUAUCGAUCAACACCUUUGUCUACCAAGUCACUCCGUCCAACCGUUACAAUGUGCUACCAAAUUGUCGAGCUUUACUCUGCUUGCCGGUGCCUCUACUACCAGCACGCCAUCGACAGGUGUGCCGGCUAUGGACGCCCGGGACACAGCAUUCAGAAGAGAACAAUCUUGGUCGGAUACGCAUGCCAUGCCCACUCGCAAGGACACGGACAAUACGCCUCACAACACACGUAUUCCGACUCUGGCUACCAUUCCAGCCACUCGAACAAGAGCUCCCGCCACUACCGGUGAAGAGUCUUGUCUUCAGUGACGGGAUGCUGUUCAUGGCAUUUCCCGACGCUGGAGCUUUUCGAAUUGAGCAACUGGAUUGCCUACCUCUACUCCUUCAGAGGAAGGGCGACUUCCCAGACACUACCUACAUCCCAGCUAUCUCUACUCUUUGUCGGUCACGACCGGUUGAUGUCUUCGUCUGCACCAUCCACUAUACGAUGACUAUCUGGCCGAUGACCACCACGGACACCUUCAUACUCCGACCAUCUCCACUUUCCCGCUAUCCUCGAAUAUAUCUCGCUCUCACGCCCCGCCAUGAAGCUCAGCAAUGAAGUGAUCGAAGAUAGAGACGAGAUCACGAACGCUACGGAAACGGUUUUUACGGCCUAUCAGUUGUCACCCCAGCGCGCCACAAAACAAACGACACCUUCCACCACGACUACGGCCCCCUAGUCUCUCUCCGACUUCGAAACCAUUUCAACGUCCUAUUUUCUUUCUUUCUCAUCAAGCUCGUUUUCCCCCCUUACGCUUUCUUUCUUUUUCACUUGCUGUCUCUUUUCUUUUUCAACCUGAACUUGCAUAGCGUGGGCACUGGGUUUUGCAUCGAACGGUUGGGUUGAACGCAAGCAUACAAGUGAUGCCUUCACUUCUCAUCGGCGGGUCCUCGGCUUUCUCUGUCUGCCUUGGAGGCACUUUUCCUCUUCCCCACCCCAGUCCGGUCGGGAGAGGUUUCAUCACGCGGCGGCAUGUUUUCAUUCUACAGGCAUUCGGCAACGGUUUCGGUUUUGGCUUCUGUAUUUUACUGGCGGGCUUCGAUGCAUUGGCGAGGGAGGAUACCAGGCGUUCAGGUUGGGAUAGGCACACGAACAUGCCUGUGCAUGCGACGGAUGGCAGGAUCGUCUGGACAAGCGAGGUUCUCUACUGCUUCUUUUUGUUUCUCUUCAAUGGUUGCUUUUUUUUCGCGUACUCUAAACGUUUUUCUCCUUUCUGCUUUCCAGCCAAAAUCUUGUUCGUUCCUCUCGUCUAAUUUGUAUCACCACACUCUAUCAAAAAGACCUCACAGGACAGCAGUGACGGGCGACAGCAAAAAGCGCGGACAGUACUGGAUACUCUCCAAUGACGGAAGAAGACUUAUUGCAUUUUUUCUUUGGGCUUGAUUUCGAUGCUGGACAUUGAAUACGCUUUAGCAGAACUCUACCUCUAGCAUCUCAGUCGGGCGAGGCAUUACUGCCAACCCUCCCGGUCAGGAACCGAGGGGUAGGAAAGACAGGACGACAACCAGACCUGCAGGAACUGAGCUGGUCGCACUGGAGAGGAAGGGACGGUCUAUGGUAGCCUGGCCU